CGAAAAAGCUCAAAAAAGCAGGGGGAAAACGAAGGACGAGAGUAUUUGGAAGAACCAAUGGCGUCUCAAUCACAACCCAUCCCUGGAGCUUCCCGGUAUCUUACUUCCUCAGUCCCUCUUCCGAAAAAUCUGCUGACCGGUGGAUCCGAGGCCGACGACGACGACUUCCAGAUCCCUCCGUCCACACAAACUUCACAGCGAGCGCCCCUCAAAUCCACCAACUCCAGAAUCUCUACACGUCGUCCGAACAAGAAGCUGAGGCAAAACUAUGAUGUUGGGAAAGAGAACAUGGGUUCCGAAUCUUGCUCCGACCAGGAAUUCGGAUCCGGUAAUCACAUUCUGGGUGUGGAUCUGUUCUGUUCAAGUGUUACUCAAGGAUGUAGCUUGGAUUGUAUCCCGUCGAGCAUCGAUUGCAGCGUCGAAGAUUAUGGUGGUGCAUUUCGCUCUUAUGGAGUGGAAACGGAUUACGGGCAGUGUUCAACUGAGGUGGAAGAGAAUGAUGGUUGUUUUAAGGACAGACGGGAGGGUUAUCGGUGUAAUUCAAUAGAGGCUAGGUUACUGGGGCCGAAAAUAGAUCCUGGGUCUGGCGGUGGAAUGGAAGAAGAUGACGGGUUUCUUGAGGAUGGUACAGAGCUUGACGUGCUGAUGAAGCUUUGCUCAGAGGAAAACGGUGGAGAAGGUAAUUCAGGGGAUGGUGAUUCAGGUUUGGUUCAGUGUCCGCUAUGUACUAUGGAUAUUUCGGCUUUGACCGAGGAGCAGAGGCAGGUUCACAGCAACGAGUGUCUUGACAAAGUGGAUAAUGGGCCACAUGACCACGAUGAUUCAGCGAAGAAAUAUGAGCAGACGUCUUCUUUCAUGGAAGAGUCUGUGGAUGAUCCUCUUCGGCUGCCUCGGCAAGUUGACGAUCUGUCUGAAGUGCUUAUAUGGCUAAGGAGUCUAGGUUUAGCGAAAUAUGAAGAUAUUUUUAUUCGUGAAGAGAUCUACUGGGAUACCCUUCAGUCACUCACAGAGGAGGAUCUCCUGAGCAUAGGUAUAGCAGCACUUGGUCCCAGGAAGAAAAUCUUGAAUGCGCUUAGAGAACUUAGAAAAUCCAAUGCCUCUUCAGUUGAAGCACAAGCUCAGCCUUUCUCUAUGAAUAACCAUGCUAUAGAGGUACAACCAGAUGAUGGAUCAUCAACCCGAGAGGCCAUUCAGACCAAAACAGUAGCCGCAAACAAGUUAAUAACAGAAUUUUUCCCCGGUCUAGCUAUCGAGGGGAAGAAAGUUCGGAGGACCCCUAAAGAACCUCUCUCAGAAAAGGGUCCAUCAAACUCUCGUGGUAGACGUGCUGAUAAAAGACAUGUUAGCAAUGGAAAAUCAAAAAUUGUUCCACAAUGGUGUUGCAUUCCUGGGACACCUUUUCGUGUGGACGCAUUCAAGUACCUCAGAGGGGACUGUUGCCAUUGGUUUCUCACUCACUUUCAUCUAGAUCAUUAUCAAGGUCUUACAAAGUCAUUUUGUCAUGGGAAGAUAUACUGUUCCUCAGUUACAGCUAAGUUGGUAAAUAUGAAGAUUGGAAUCCCAUGGGAGAGAUUGCAAGUCCUGCAAAUUGGCCAGAAGGUUAACAUUGCUGGUAUUUAUGUAACAUGCUUCGACGCAAAUCACUGCCCUGGAUCCAUCAUGAUACUUUUCGAACCUCCCAAUGGUAAGGCGACACUACAUACGGGUGAUUUUCGCUAUACUGAAGAUAUGGGAAACUGGCUGAGUAGAUAUCACAUAGAUUCUCUUAUACUCGAUACUACAUACUGCAACCCCCAGUAUGACUUUCCAAAGCAAGAAGCUGUGAUACAAUUCGUCAUCGAGUCUAUUCAAGCAGAAGCAUUUAAUCCCAAGACUCUCUUUCUAAUCGGCAGCUACACUAUUGGAAAGGAGAGACUGUUCUUGGAGGUCGCUCGUGUGCUACGUAAAAAGGUCUACAUCAACGUUACAAAGCUAAAAAUCCUAGAGUGUCUGGGAUUCUCAAAGGAAGAUAUGCAGUGGUUUACAGUAAAUGAACUGGAAAGCCAUAUCCAUGUCGUGCCCAUGUGGACGCUUGCCAGUUUUAAACGGCUGGAGCAUGUGGCCAGGCGGUACAAGAACCGAUUCAGCCUCAUAGUUGCGUUCUCUCCUACCGGCUGGACAUCCAGCAAGGCGAGAAAGAAGUCGCCAGGUAGAAGGUUGAAGCAGGGUACAAUAAUCAGGUACGAGGUUCCGUACAGUGAGCACAGCAGCUUCACAGAGUUGAAAGAGUUUGUGAAACUUGUCUCCCCUGAAAGGAUAAUACCGAGUGUCAACAAUGACGGACCCGACUCUGCUUCUUCCAUGGUUUCUCUCCUCGUUUCUUGAUUGAUUCUGUUCAUAACCUGCUUGCCAGUUUCUUUGGCUGGUCAAUAUGAGCAGAGAAUGUCCAUUGACCCAAAUCUUAAAAAGUAUGGAAAAUCUGAAAACAUGCAAUGGAUGGAGGAUGGCUCUGUUCAUUUGUUCCAAUUUUAUGUCACAAAUUUGAAAUCUUUGGAAAUGAAACUUUUCUUAGAGAAAAAGUUCAAAUUAAGAGAAUGAAAGCUCUUGUUUCAUCAUGUCAAUCAUCUUCUUCUUUUGUGUUUUGAAUUUUAGAGAAGGAAAGUUGUAGAACAUGAAAAAGAAAAGAGUGAAUUGUGGGAAAAUUUUGUA